UUUUUUUUUCCAGUUCCAUAGUCCAGUGCUUCAGCCAUUGGUAUGCAUAAAGCAUCCUUUGGAUCAGGCUUGUGCUACUGCUGUGAUUUACUGUCCCAAGCCCUGCCCACUUCCCUCAGCCUGCUUCUCAACAUCCUGCCUCCCAGCUCCAGCUCCAACUACAGCGCUGGGCUGUGGUGGAUACUGAACAGCCAUGCAGGACCCAGCACCUUUGGCCGCCCUGUGACCUCGGAUACAGGACCUGGGACCUUUCAUAGGACACCUGAACAUGGCCUUUUUCAGCUGUUUGUACUCAUUGUUUGGAAGAGCAAAAGUGAUGUCCUCAUCAUGGGGCUACAAGAGAGCAGAACUGGAGGCUAAAGAAGCUUGUAAUUGGCUGCGGGCUGCUGGAUUUCCGCAAUAUGCCCAGCUCUACGAAGCGGGACAGUUUCCUUUAGACAUCUCCUCUGUGAAAAAAGACCAUGGGUUUCUGGACCAGGAUUCACUUAAGUCACUAUGCAGGAGGCUGUCAACCUUGAACAAGUGUGCCUCCAUGAGACUGGAGGUCCAUUUUCAGUGCAAACAGAGUGAAGACUCUGAGGAGGAUGACCUGUGUGCCAUCAGUGACCGCUGGGCAUUCCAGCGAGAGAGUAAGACAUGGUCCCGACUGCGUACACUCUCCCCACACGUCUCCACCACCCUGCACCCUUUGAGGGCCUCUGCCAGUAGUGAGAGCAUCCUGAGUGACUUCAGCAACCUGGAGGUCACCUCCACCCACAGCAGUAGCAGCCUGAGUGUGAAGAGUGACAGAGGUACCACUUCCAGCAACCCCUCCAGUCAAGUCACCAGCACGGCAGAGCCCUACACCCUUACCUCCCACCAUGACUCCCAUGGUUCCCACUCUCCCAAUGGAUCCGCCUGUGAGGACCAGCCUGUGUCUCCAAAAGACCUGCUUACUGUUCCUGUCAGCAGAGAGAAGACCAAGAGGUGUUCCAAUACCUUCCUGAAGAGAAUGGAGUCGUUCAAGAAAAAGGAUAAAGAGAGGGAAGUGACAGAUGGCCAAGCUGUGACCUCUCCACUGCAGUUCCCUCUAACCCCUGGCAGUUUGCAUUGCACUUCCAAUGAAAGUCUACCUGGUUUAAAAAACAACACUACAGAAAAGAGCAGUGUAAAUUACAGCAGAAAAGCUCAUACUAUCUGUCGUACAGGCCGUAGGUCCCCAGUUGUGGACAGAGCUAAUGCGAAGAGCAGUUGGCUCUAUCUAGAGGACUAUGACAUGGCAGGGUGGAAGGGGGCUAAACAGGUUAUUCAGAAGAGUGGCUAUAAAAAUGGACUGGAUUGUCUGGUUCAUCUGCCAAUGGACCACAAGCCAGGCACGUUCCCCAAGUCCCUAUCCAUCGAGAGCCUGUGCACUACUUCCACCUCUCAUGAGCUGCGUGAAUGGCAGAUGGAGGACGUAAACCUCUCCCUGGGCAGCAGUCACGAGUCCCAGGAAUUCAACAUGUUUCCUAUAAGAAGAAACUCGUGUUCCUCAGUGGGGAGCAUCUAUGACAAUGUAAAUGAGGCUAGUGGCAGUUCCGACGAGUUGAGAGAGAAGGUCUUUGAGCACCUGGAUGAUAUCCUUCAACAUGUCCAUGGCCUUCAGCAGAAUAUAGACCAGUGGUCCAAGAAGGUGUGUCAGGAGCUCAGUGACAAGCAUGAGGAAGAGGAGGACACUGACGAGACCAGAGAAACAACAUUCUCCUCCAGCCUCCAUUUUGAGGAGCAGUCUAUGUCAGAUGUAGGCACGAUGGCCAGUGACUACGACAGCACAGGAAACUCUUUGAAUGAGGUGGAGGAUGUUGAGACAAGAGAACGAAGGGACUCAGGAGUGGGUGCUUCCUUAACCAGGCCAAGCAGGAAGCUACGGUGGCAUAGUUUCCAGAACUCCCACAGGCCGAGCCUGACUUCAGCCUCCCAGGAAAUUAACCGCCAGUCAGCUGCUCAGCUCAACCUUCUGCAAAAGUUCUCUCUGCUCCGGCUCACUGCUAUAAUGGAGAAAUACUGCGAACCCAACAAACAUGGCUGGAGCUGGUCUAUUCCUAAGUUUAUGAAGAGGAGUAAGGUCCCUGACUACAGGGACAAACAGGUUUUUGGUGUUCCACCAAUAAUCAAUGUCCAAAGGAGUGGGCAACCCCUACCCCAGAGCAUCCAGCAGGCCAUGCGCUACCUCCGCAGCCAAUGUCUGGAAAAGGUUGGCAUUUUCCGUAAGUCUGGGGUGAAGUCUCGGAUCCAGACUCUGCGGCAGCUGAAUGAAAAUUCCCCAGACCACGUGAGGUACCAGGGCCAAUCAGCCUACGAUGUGGCCGACCUGCUGAAACAGUACUUCAGAGACCUGCCUGAGCCUGUCCUCACCACCAAGCUCACUGAAACCUUCCUGCAGAUCUACCAAUGUGUCCCGAAGGACAUGCGUCUUCAGGCAGCCCAGGCUGCAGUCAUCCUUCUGCCUGACGAGAACCGGGAGGUACUGCAGACCCUGCUCUACUUCCUCAGUGACAUCGCCUCUGCCGAGGAGAACCAGAUGACAGCUGGGAACCUGGCUGUGUGCCUGGCCCCCUCCAUCCUACACCUCAACAUCUCCAAGAAAGAGGGCACCUCCCCCAGGUAUGUACUGCAAAAGCGGGGGCAGGGGGGGAAACCGGACCACAAGGACCUGAGUGAGAACAUGGCUGCCACUCAAGGACUCAGCCACAUGAUUGUGGAGUGCAAGAAAUUAUUCCAGAUCCCUCAUGAGAUGAUGCUGCAGUCGCGGAACUCCUAUGUCGCAGCAGAUGCCCAGCCACUCCCUCUCCACGGCUUGGGCCUGAACAUGAAGGGCGAGCCUGUGGAUUACAGAGCCUACCUGGAGGAUAAUAUCCAGGCUCUACUGAGGGAGUCCACAGAGAAGAGCAAAGGAUGGCACAGUGCCCUGGGCCCAGAAAACACAGAGCUGACAUACAAGAAGGUAGGGGAUGGCCAUCCCAUCCGUCUUUGGAAAGUGACCACCGAGAUCGAGGCCCCGCCCCAGACAGUGUUGCACAGAGUUCUGCGUGAGCGCCACCUGUGGGAUGAUGACCUGCUCCACAGCCGUGUAAUCGAGGCUCUUGAGAACAACACAGAGGUGUAUCACUAUGUGACAGACAGCAUGGCACCUCAUCCCCGCAGGGACUUCGUAGUGCUUAGGCGGUGGUGUAGUGACCUUCCUCAGGGCCUGUGUCUGCUGGUGUCCUCCUCUGUGGACCAUGACAAUGUGCACCUGGAGGCAGGGCUACGGGCAGUGCUGCUCACCUCACGGGUCCUGAUUGAGCCCUCAGGGAUGGGCCGGUCCAGGCUGACGCAUUACUGCAGAGCAGACGUCAGGGGACGAUCACCUGAGUGGUACAACAAAGUGUUUGGCCAUCUCUGUGCGGUGGAGGUUGCUAGGAUACGGGGCUCCUUCCCUGUGCUGACAGUGAAAGGAACCGAGACAAAGCUUUGAACUUUGAGAUGGACCGUCGGCCCACUUGAGACACAUGCUGCCUACAGCACACAAUGACUCAAAUGAAGGGUGCCUAUCUGUAGCAUUAUAUUACAUCUGCCUGAUAAACUCUCCAGUGUCAUCAACAGGGUACUGUCAGGAUGUGGACUCUCACUCAGAUUGCACUGAUGCCCCAUGAGGAGCCACUGAGGGAAUGUCAGUUAUAUUUACAAAUCUAAACCAGCCUAUGCAUUAACUGACCAUAAAACAUUAAAACGUACCUUGAAAGAAAGAAAAUAGACCGUUUCUUUAUGCAAAAGCCAUUCUUUUGAAAGAUUUAUGAGUCCCACCGCGACAUCCGUGCAAUUUGGACUUCUUACCCGUUUAACAUCUUGUGUUUGAGCUACAGAUUUCUGGGUUGUACUAUUGGAUUCAUCUUCUGCAUCUGUGUGAUUAACGGGGCUAAGCUAGAGCGGAGUCUGUGAGACUGGUGGAUCCCGAAAGGGCCCGGGGCCGGAUCUUUUCACAAAGUAAGAGAGAGUCCGAAUGGUUUGAGCUACACUAUUAAAAGCUAUCUAUGAAAAGCUGGGAUUCUCACAAAUACACACAUGUAACAUGUUUUACUUUAUGACAGACAAGCUACACAACAGGUGUUAGAAGGUAAGGGGUUCUUCUACAUAGAAGAUCAUAGGAAAUCCCAGGACAUAGUGUCUAUAAAACUGUAAGGGGUUCUUCUACAUAGAAGAUCAUAGGGAAUCCCAGGACAUAGUGUCUAUAAAACUAUAAGGGGUUCUUCUACAUAGAAGAUCAUAGGAAAUCCCAGAACAUAGCGUCUAUAAUGCUGUAAUAAGCACACAUAGUUGUUGUCACAAACUCCAAACUCCACAAAGUUGUCACUGACUAGUUGGAUAUUAAUUUCCCACUGAGCAAACCAUUUCUGUGCUUACAGCAUUCAUAUCAAUAUCGGUUUUUGCUUUGGCUUUAAUUUUUUAUUGACUUUUGACAAUAAAACACAUGAAUGCAACUGUUUAUGUCACAUUGUUGCCUUGGUUGCCCUGAAAAUAAAAUGGUUAAACACUUA